AUGUCGUCAGAGUCCCAUCAACCUGUAACUCUGCGAUAUGGCGAAGAAUUCGUCGCUAGGCAUUCCUUCCGCUACCUGGUGCGGCCGGCCCGACCGGCCUCCAUUCCAAUGCCGUAUCCCGGCGACUUCGUCGUUCUAUGCUUAAACCCCAUGCUUUCUGUCGCGCAUCUGGACGACAUCGCAAAGAAGCAGGCGUCGACACUGCGAGUUGGUAAAUACGUCGCAUUGGUAUCGAAGGCGGGACAAGGAUUGCCUAUGAAGACUAAGCCAACUAAUCACUAUGUUUUUAAACUCGUUCGCGAUCAAGCUCGGCAUCCGGAGAGAGCAUCCUCUGUCCCGACCGACCUAGCUAUCCCUAUCGCACCGCAUCGCCUACCGAAUCAACGAGAUCAGCUCUGUCCUGUCGCUGAUUUCCCCCAUGCCAACUGUGUGCUUGACACUGUUCUCGGAGAUAUACAUCUACGCGUGACAACAACUGAGAGAGACGGUACACAGGUCCUGAUCACCCCAACUUCCGAGGUUACGCGCGUUCGGUCCUUGCAGACAGGUUUGCUGGACAGUUAUACAAUCAACGCCAUCAGGUCGGGGAAGUCGCAUUGUCUUCCUCGUCAUCCAUCCGCUAGUAUCCUUUUGCAUGACUUUCCCAUACGCCCUCCCGCCCCUCCACAGCGGGACUGCCCAAAUGGGAACUCCGAUGUUGAAUCGCCGAACUCUGUCGAAAUAAGAGAUCUCACCAACAUCUUUGCGCACUUCCUGACCCACCCUGGGCACUUGAACAUCCCUGUGGUCGACGUCGAGUAUGAUCUCAAUGCCAUUGACUCCGUUGCAGAUCCGAUGGAGUUCAUGCGUGAGCGCUGGGCACUAUAUGAGAUCGUUCGUAUGGCGACGGAGCGGAUGCGAGCAGCCCAUGGCCUUGAUCCAAUCAGUUAA